AUGGCCACCGCCGCAGGCGCCGCUGCCGAGGAGCUGUUGGAGGUCCCCGGCUGCAGGGCCGUCCUGGUGGGGGCGGGCGCCCCCGCGCCCGGGCGGCCCCGCGCGGCGGCGGCCGAGGAGCAGGGCGCGCCGCUGGUGGCGCAGUUCGCGGAGGGCCCGCUGCGCGUGCUGCGGCUCCUGCCGCAGCCCGGGGACGGGCCCGACUCCCCGCGGAGGGUCAUCGUGCUGGCGAUCCUCGGAGACGCCGCCGGUGAGCGGCAGGCGGGCUUCUUCUACCCGCUGCUGCCGGGGACGCCCGCCGUCUGCUCCACGGCGGAGGGCACCAGCUGCCUGACCCUGCCGGACCCCGAGGACGGGGCGGACUCCUUCGGCGUCGUGUUCCCAGCGGCAUCGGGCCUCGAGGCCGUGGCCCGCCUGCUGGAGGGCGCGGGCUGCAGCGUGUGGUGGGCCGCGGAGGGCGGCAGCGGCGGCGCAGCUGCGAGAAGCGAGUCUGCCCCCAGCCAGGCUGCGUCCGCGACGGCGGGCACCGUGCGCGAGGUGGCAUCGGGAGUCGCGUGUGCUCUCGAGAUCGGCGGCAGCCUGCUGGCGAGGGGCAUCCGCUUCGCCGCGGAGAAGAGCAAGGCGGCAUCCAUCAUGCAGCCGUCGGGCGAGCCCCUGCAGGUCCCAGAGGCCGCUCGGCAGGGAGUCCGGGCCGCCCGCGACAUCUCCUGUGGCGUGGUGCAGGUGAGCGCUGCCGCCAUAGAGGCCGUGGCGGGGCUCGCGGGAGCGGCCGCGGGAGAGCUGGCGAAGCAGGCCGGGGGAGGCCAGGACGGGGGCCCUGAGAAGCAGUGGGUAGCCGACGCGAAGUUCGUGGGCGGGGCGGCCCUGGACGGCGGCAUCUCCAUCUUCAGCGCCCUCAACAAUUCGGGUCAACCCCCGAACAAUGCGGCCGACGUGGUGGUGCAGCAGUCGCUGGGCUCGGGCGCGGACCUGGUGGGCCACAGGUACGGCGAAGCGGCCGGAGCCACGACCCGCGAGGGCUUCCACGUCGUCGGCAACCUGUGGGAGGCGAGGGGCCUGACGAGCAAGAGGGCG